ACAGCAAGACUAAAAGGAGGCACUAUCGUUGGAGCAAUCAUUCAAUAGCGACGCUUACGAUGUCGAUAUCAAAGCCUGUUUUAGUAGACAACGAAUACGAGUCAAACGCCGCCAAGUUGUGGCGCAAAACGAAGGCGCAGCCGUUCGUGCCUCUUGGUUUGGCCGGCACUGCAGCUGCUGUUGCUUGGGGAGCGUACGCCUAUCGCAGCAGACCCGCUGGACUGUCGACGUCACGCUACGUCAUGCAUCUCCGAGUGACUGCUCAGAGUGUUAUCGUAGGAGCUAUGAUUGUUGGCGCGUUUUUCGGUUCACGAAAGUCGUCGAGAAACUUAGACUGAGUAGUUACAGUUGUGUAUUUAUUUACUGAUUUGUUGUUUGAUACAUUUUUGAUAUUUGUAUUAGCAUAUUUGGAAUGUAUGUACACUCAACUAGUAUUACAUGUAGCUAUUCGCGUGAAACAGCUGUAUGAAGAUUUUACAGAUUCCAAA